UUUAAUUAAAAACCAUCCCGCAGAGAGAAGCCGCUCACCCAGCCGAUGUCUCCAUCUCCAAAUCAGCCCUGUACUCCCGCAUCGGGGCCACGGAGGCGGAGAAGGCCCCCGGCCUCCUGUUCCAGCCGCCGGACCUGGACGCCGCGCUGCAGGUCGCCCGGGCAGAGGUCCUCGCCAAGGAGAGAGAGGUCUCUGAGUGGAAGGAGAAGUACGAGGAGAGCCGGCGCGAGGUCAUGGAGAUGAGGAAGAUCGUGGCCGAGUACGAGAAGACCAUCGCACAGAUGAUAGGCAAGCCCGAGGACGAGCAGCGGGAGAAGUCCGUCUCCCACCAGACGGUGCAGCAGCUGGUGCUGGAGAAGGAGCAGGCCCUGGCCGACCUGAACUCCGUGGAGAAGUCCCUGGCCGACCUCUUCCGGAGAUACGAGAAGAUGAAGGAGGUGCUGGAGGGCUUCCGCAAGAAUGAAGAGGUGCUGAAGAAGUGCGCCCAGGAGUACCUGUCCCGCGUGAAGAAGGAGGAGCAGAGGUACCAGGCCCUGAAGGUGCACGCGGAGGAGAAGCUGGACAGGGCCAACGCGGAGAUUGCCCAGGUCCGGGGCAAGGCCCAGCAGGAGCAGGCCGCCUACCAGGCCAGCCUGCGGAAGGAGCAGCUGCGGGUGGACGCCCUGGAGCGGACGCUGGAGCAGAAGAAUAAAGAGAUCGAAGAACUCACCAAGAUUUGCGAUGAACUGAUUGCCAAAAUGGGGAAAAGCUAACUUUGACCCAAACGUUUGGACUUGACCGUUGCGUGCAAUAUGCCCGUCGGCACCCUGCUGUGCUCCCAGGCCGGGGACAGGCGCUCCCGCCGCCGCGUACGCACCGCCGUUCCCUCGCUCGGCCCCGGGGACGUGGUCGGCCGCAGGGCGAAGGGACCGGCGGAACUUCUUGCUGUGGGUUUGCGUUUUUCCCGGGAUCGUUCAUAGCAAGUUGACCUCAGAGUUCCCGCAUCAGGGAGAUUGUCCGAGUCUCUCACGGAGGACACGGCGCUGACCUUGGCCUUGCCCUUUGACCCUGAGCUCUUGGGUCUAACGUAAACACGUGCUGCUGCACAGGGACUCUUGCCUUAAGGAGUGUACACUUCACCUGCGUUUGCCGAUUCGUUUUAAUAAGAAAAGAACACGCAUGUUUCGAAUACAGUUCUCUAUUGUAAAUAAAAGAUUUUUCUUUGGAUCUUG